AGGCUGUGGGCUAACCAUGGCCACCGCUGGCUGAAAAUAUCCAUAGACUUCUGCGUUUUGUGCGUAGGAGAAUAAGCAAUGAAGCAAGAAAAUAAGUUCAGUCCCGUCUGCUUCCUGGUGAUUGUUGGUGUACUGUUCAGGACUACAGAGACCACUGCGGAGCGUGCCUUUGUCAGUUUGCUCUACUUCAACAGCACCAGCAACAGGUCUGCGUCCGAGCAGUGUGAAUGCGGCCUGUACGGGUUAAACUCUCCUCUGCUGAGUGCUCAGGGCUUCGUGGCCAUUCCCAAAGCCGCCAGUCUUCAAGCCUGUGACUGGAACACCCAGUUCACCAUCACGGAACCGCCGUGGAUCGCACUGAUUGAAAGAGGCAAUUGCACUUUUGCUGAAAAGAUCAAGGUGGCAGCCAGGAGGGGUGCAACAGCAGCUGUGAUCUACAACGCACCGGCCAAGCGCAAUUACCCCAUUCCAAUGUCCCAUAUCGGUGCGGGAAGCAUCGUUGCCAUUAUGAUUGGCAACCUGAAAGGCAUGGAGAUCCUGCGCCGGAUUGAGAGUGGCCUGAAAGUGACCAUGGUUAUUGAAGUGGGGAAAAAGCACGGUCCCUGGAUGAACCACUAUUCCAUCUUCUUUGUCUCAGUGUCGUUUUUCAUUGUCACAGCAGCAACUGUGGGCUACUUCAUUUUUUAUUCUGCUCGCAGAUUCAGGAUCACAAGGGCCCAGUCCAGGAAACAGCGACAACUGAAGGCUGAAGCUAAGAAGGCCAUUGGACAGUUACAGCUGCGCACUCUGAAGCAAGGAGACAAGGAAACUGGUCCUGAUGGGGAUAGCUGUGCCGUGUGCAUUGAGCUGUACAAGCCAAAUGAAGUAGUGCGCAUCUUGACUUGCAACCAUCUUUUCCACAAAAACUGUAUUGAUCCUUGGCUUUUAGAACACAGGACGUGCCCGAUGUGCAAAUGUGACAUACUCAAAGUUCUAGGUGUUGAGGUGGAUGCAGAAGAUGGGGCAGAGUCUGUGCAAGCCACAGUAUCCAGUGGGACAUCAAAUAUCACUUCAAUUAAUGAAGUGGAUAGCCACAGUGAAACUGCAUCAUCUGGAUAUGCUUCUGUGCAAGGAGCAGAUGAAUCAGUUCUGGAGGAACAUGCACCAUCAGAAAAUGACAACACACAUCUUGUAAAUAACGAAUCUCAGACUUCAGCUGUGACUGUCCUUCCUCCCCUUGACAACCCAACUUUUGAGGCAGAUGAAACACAAGUUUCCGAAGUUAGGUCCUAAGAAUGUGCCCAGCAACAUGGUAUAAGCCUUCUGCAAGGAGCUGCCUACUGCCAUCACAUGUACACCACACAUUUGAAGAACCCAGUGGAUGACUGUAGCAGCAUCGAUACCUUGAAAAUGCUAAGAUUAAACAUGUUUAAUUCAUGAUUAUAUGGUUUUCAAUUCUUAAAACUACAUCUCCCACGUGGAAAUUAGUUUUAACACUCUUCAGAUAAAGCUGUCUUGAAUAUAAUGAAAACCAUCAGAUUAUAAUGCUAAAACAGAAGUUCCAUCUUCAGCAAAGCUUCUCUUCAGCAUUUGAGUUGCUUAAAUAAGGAGAAGUUUCUUAAUGUAGUAGUUGUCUGUACUGGGAAUUAUUUGACUUUUGUUGUUUGUUUUUAAUUCAAGUGGGUUCUCAUUGUAAAGAAAUAGAUUUUGAUCUGGUCUAAUACUUAUUUACCACAUUUGUUCAGUUUAAAGCAACACUAUGUUUAAUAUUUCAGUGCCCUAAUUUGAUAGGAGAAAGUACAAAGUGUAAUGCCUGUCAAACUGGAUUUUGCCCACAGUGUCUUUUGGUUAUUUGGUGAACAGAUCUAAUCCAUCGAUUUACCUCUCAACUCCACAUUCCUAAAGGGAAAAAGAGAGCUUCAGGCUGACAGGCCGAAUUUGACUUGCACAAUACUGUAAAGGGAACAAAUGGAGGAACUUUUCAAACUUGUUGAUACCAGACAGUCUGAAAGAUCCUACAUGAUUUUUGGAAUUACAACUGUCUCUAGCACCAGCAAUAUGCAAGAGUUCUGGCAUUGUGGAAGACUUGAACUGAAGAUGGAAAGACAGAUCCUUCUCAAAGGAUCUGCUGUGUCUUGUUCAGACAAUACUUGGGGAAGAACCAAAUCUCCAGAAAAUGCUGGACUGUUCUGGACUAUUGCUGUGCAGUGUCUUGCUUGUGUGCUAAAGCUGCAGGGCCAGCUAAUGUCCUGUAAAUGUAACAGGUGAUUGGAGAAAUGUUCAGCCAUCUGUGAGGAGUUGAAUGGGUGGGAGGCUGAAGAGGAGCAUUGGGUGCCUCAAUAUUAAGUAGGGCCUUGCCCGCUAAGGGUACGUAAGGACAUCUUACAGAUGCACUUUAUUUUUUAUCUCUGUAGCUAUGGUUUGUUUCUAAUGUUAGCAGAGCUUUGUCUUAAAGCCCGCAAUAAGGUACUAUUGAAUCUGCAGGGGAAAAGCAAUGCAUUUUCUUAUCUAUAGUAUAAUUUAAAAUGUUGUAAAUAUUUUGUGAUUUGUAUUGAAUUUGAAUAUGAAAAUGUAAAUAAAACUAUAUUCUGAUGACCUC